UCCCACCUUAACAAGCAAAUUCGUCUCGCCAAGUCACCAAACAUUAUAAGACCUGGUUGCCACUAGCCGCUGAUGGGCGGCAGCACCACCGUCCAUGGCCGCACGAGCGAAGCAGCUCCACGCGCACUACCUGGCAGCCGGCUGCGGCGACCUUGAGAGGUGGGCUCGCCUCGUCAAGGAGUACGCCGGCAGUUCCUUCCUCCGGCUCGCCGCCCAGGUCUACUCCAAGAACCUGCCCAGGCAAACGCAUCACCUGCCCCUCAUACCCGUCCUCCUCAAGGCCGCCGCCUCCCGCCCCCGGUGGCCCGGCCUGAGCCUCGGCAGGUCCCUCCACGCCGAGGCCAUCAAGGUCGCCUUCGACCGCGACCUGCUCGUGGGCACCACGCUGGUGUCCAUGUACUGCAAGGGCGGCCUCCUCGCUGAUGCGCGCGUCAUGUUCGACGGAAUGCCGGGCAGGAACGCCGUGACUUGUAACGCGAUGCUCGACGGGUACGCCGCUGCCGGCGACAUGGGCCAGGCGGAGGCCCUGUUCGUCCGCAUGGCCUCCCGGACGCCCGUCACGUGGGCGACGCUGAUCCGGGGGUUCGCGGACAAGGGCGACAUGGAGGAGGCACGGAGGUGGUUCAGUGUGACGCCGGUGGGCAUGCGGACCGUUGUCACGUGGACCGUGCUCGUGCAAGGCUUUGUGGCUGUCGGCGAUAUGGAGGCCGCGAGGGAGUUGUUCGAUGCCAUGCCUGCAAGGAAUGCCUUCGUGUGGUCGUCCAUGGUCACCGGUUACUUCAAGGCUGGCAACGCCGAUGAGGCGCGGGCAAUGUUCGACAGAAUUCCUGUACCCAACUUGGUGAACUGGAAUUCGCUGAUUGCCGGGUACGCGCAAAUUGGAUGCUCGGAGCAGGCAUUGCAGGCUUUUCACGCCAUGUUGGAAAACAGGAUCAAGCCAGACGAGUUCACCAUGUCCAGCGUGCUCUCUGCCUGUGCGCAGCUCGGAUCACUAGAGCAAGGGAGAAAGGUUCACGAGCUCAUCAACCAGAAGCACAUCCUGAAGAACCCCUUCGUUUUGAAUGGACUUGUUGAUAUGUACGCCAAGUGUGGUGACCUCGCAUAUGCACGCCAGAUUUUCGACAACAUGCAGCGGAGAAAUACGCAAUGCUGGAAUUCUAUGAUCUCUGCACUUGCAAGCCAUGGCCAGAGCGAAGAGGCGAUACAGCUGUUUUCUCAGAUGGAGUGCUCAAAGCAGAAGCCUGAUGGUGUCACGCUCCUUGCCGUGCUUGGAGCUUGCACGCAUGGAGGGUUUGUGGAGGAAGGUCUAAGAAUUUUCAACAGUUUCAGCGUGUAUGGAGUUGCCACUGGAGUGGAGCACUAUGGUUGCUUGGUCGAUCUCUUGGGCCGUGCUGGAAGGCUUGAGGAAGCUUAUGCGAUUGUCAAGAACAUGGCCGUCGAAUCCAACGAGGUCAUCUGGGGCGCUCUUCUUGGAGCUUGCAGAGUGCAUGCCAAUAGAGAGAUGUCUGAACGGGUAUCGAAUGAGAUCAACCAGUUGCGCUCUGAUCAUGCCUCAACCAACGAUGCAGAGUAUAUCACGCUGUCAAAUAUUUUGGCUGAGUCCGAGAGGUGGGAGCAGGCAGAGCGCGUCAGGAGAAAGAUGGCAAGCCAUGGGGUUGAGAAGACUCCAGGGUGCAGUUCAGUUGAGCUUGACAUUUCUGAAAACAAAUUGUAUUGCAGACAGUAGUACAUUAUUCCAGCUGCAUCAACUGUAAGUUCAUUGCAUUUCGUGUCUGAUGCUUCCCUGUAAGAUCUCUGAUGGAAUAUUACGUAGAAAAUUUCAUGAUCAAGGCAUGCUUGAUGGCUUAUUGUUUUUUGUGCAACAGGGUACUAUGCUUCCAUUGAAAAAUUUAUAGUCAGUUCU